AAUUAUGAGACGAAAUCACUGGAAAAUAGUCACGCUCUUUCUAGUAUGGCGCCUAUAAAAGCAUUAACCGCUAUUGAGCAAUCUCCAGUUGACCGGUUGGCGCGAUUGAACACUGUUCAGAGACAGCGGGGUAAAAGUAUUAAUCGGUUGUUUGUCUUCACUAUGGUGAAACGCAACAAUUGUCAGGAUGAGAAUAUAAAGGAUUAGAAGAAAGUUACCGCUAAAAAUAAAACAAAUAAAGUUGCAAAUUGGUGGAACGAUUAUCUGCCGAACCGCGACGGAAGCCCGCGGAGCAAACAUUCGCUCUUACCAUUUGAAGCUUAUGGCAAUCAAAUAUUACUAAUUAUUAUAAUUAAAUAUACUCGAAUGUUUAUGUUGUUUGUAGUUUUGCGAUUAAUUACAGUACAGUUGUGAACAUGUCAGAUGAAUUCGUUUUCUUCGCUACUGACUAAAAAAUGGUGUGUGUUAAUUCAAAAAUCAAAAAUCAAAAAUAAAUUAAAUAUUAAAUAUUAAAUGUAUGUAAAAAAAAAUAAAGAAAAUAGUGAAUCCUACAUACGGAUAAUAUAGUAUAUCUACAUACAUUACUUACUGUGGAUAAUUGCUCGAAAUCAAGAUUUGGCAACACUUUUUGGAGUAAUAUCAGCCAACAACACACAAUCUUAUCACCAACUAUUAUGGAUUAUGCACUCAAAUUCUGUCCAUCUGUUGAGUAGAUCCUCAAGUAUAAAAGAUGUGAAGAACACAUGAAGUAUUCAGAACAAAACGGAUUAAAAAGUCAAACGUGACUUUUACUCUGAAAUGAGUAUACACGAAAUCCGAUAAGACUUCGAAUGUUUAUGCCGCUCACUGAGGAAGCCAUAUAAAAUCACGUGCACAAUAACUGCAACAAAUAACUACAUAGUUUUCCCCAAAUUAUAGUGAAAGGAAAUUGUUGCUUGUGGCUAAAAAUACGUUGGCAAGAGUCGACAACACUUUACCGAGCUCUUGAGAAGCAAAUAGUGGUAGCCUCAAAUCAUAUCCUCAACAAACAAACAGAAAACAUAAACGCGGAAAAAGUACAGCAUUACACAAAGUGUAAAGAAAGCUCCAGCAAAUACUAAAAACUCCAAACAAGUAGUCUGUGAGAAGAAAGGCGGCAGAAAUGUGCGUCUAUAAGCAUUCGUGGCCCGUGCUCGUCGCCUACGUCUUACUUUGUUCCGCUCCGCUCAUCUCCACCAUAAACUCGACACCUAUUUCUGUAAAAAGUGGACUCGCCUCCGAGCAUUGUGGCCACGAUAGCAUCUCCGAGUUGAUCAAAAAGAGCCCGGUCAUACUGAAAGCUCUUGCUGCACAUAUCUUCACAGAUGAGGCCUGCACCAAUGAGUUACUAAAUGCAGCGAAAAUGGGCGCUGAUGCACAUGGAGGCGGCACUGUCAAUGACGAAGUGCAAAAGCAGAAUUUGCAAAAUAAUUUGUUCGCAUCAGCAACAUUUCACACGACUGCUGGCAGUCCAACAGCCCUCGCAGCAGCUUUUCAACAGUCGUUGCUACUGGCAAGACGGCCAACGGACAUCUCUAUUACUGGAGCGACAGCAACUACAGAAACGGCAAACUCGGCCAGAAUGCUGGACGAGGCCAUUUUAAUAACUUUAACACCGGAAACGAUAUACAAAGGCGCGUCACUCUUGAAAAUGACACCCGGAACGGAGAAUGCCGCACGCGGAGGAAGCGGUCGUGGAGGUUACAACGGUAGAGGCGAUGGCGGUGGCAUAGGCCACAGUAAUAAUUAUGGUACUGGAAGCGGCAGCAGCGCAACUGCCGAGUCUGCAUAUCAGUAUGAAGGACAGUUAAAUGCAACACUGCAGCCUUUGUCCUGCUUCGAUGGAAACCUUUUGAAAAGUCUUCCCACCGAGUUAAUUGUAUUCGGCAAAUUGAUAACUGUGCAGCAACAACAAUUACCAACCGAUUUGAAUACAGCUGCUCAAACCGAUUUUUUAUCAGUUAGCAUAAAUGGUUUGCACCGUUGGAGUUCACAAUUUGAGAAUCAUAUAUGGAAACAUUUGGGCUGGGAUGAUUGGAGUGAUUUUACGCUUUGUAGCGUCACAUGCGGCAAAGGUGUACAACAACGGUUUCGCCGUUGUCUCCUCGAUAAUCCGAUGGUAAAUUUCAACAUGCACCUAAACCUGGACGCGGCUGCUGACGCUGAGGUAGACGAGGAAGGCCUGAGUAACGCAGGCUUUGAAAAUAGCGAGCUGCUAGAUAAUGCGUUAGGAGGCUUUAACGGCGCAGAUACUAAUUCUGCGGCAAUGAUGGACAGAAAUGAUAAAGGACAUCAAAGGAACCCAAUUACCGGGGAAAGCAGUGACAAUGUGCAGUUGUGGAAACGGAAUGCAGUUGCCAUUAAAGCUUCUGCUGAAUUUGAAACCACUUCAGAAGUUGAAACAUUUACUGCUACUCCAGCGAAUUUUGUGACAUCAAAUAAGAAUGUAGACCAAGGGCUUAAUACGGCGCCAAAAUCUAAUUUGAUGAAAAUACUGACAGUACAAGCAUCAACACCGGCAGUACUAUUCGACGAAAGUUUAUCUGAAACCAAUAAGGCUGACCCAGUUGUUUAUUCCAAAAACAAAAACAACAUCGAUAGUUUAAUGCGCACUUACAAAGGUAAUCUCCGAGUAAAUGAGGCUGCUUUUCGAAACAAGAACCCGCCAAAAGUAACUGACAAAUCGACAAACAAAUCACCCAAGAAUGAAUUGAGUAAAAAAAAUGCAAUCGAAAUGAAAGCUAAGGAUGAAACGAAUCGCCAGCAUAAACGGCGAAGACCAUUGAAAAACUAUUCUACUAUGUUUUGUGAAGGUUACAAUAUUGAACAGCGAAAUUGCAACACAUUCGACUGCAGCGACGACAUAAACGACUUAUUAAAGUUUUAUAAAAAGGUCGUUUUGCCGGAGGAAGCUGCAAGCCCCGCUACAGUUUCAUUGCAAUCGUCUGUCGGAAUGUCGCUAGCAGUUAAUAGCCACAUAACAGCAACGAUUACUACAGUUGAUGCAGACACUCUAGGCACACCAAUAGCAGUUGACUUAGCCGGUAAUGCGGCUACCACAAGCGCCACAUCAGCUGCCUCCGGUUCUGAUGCAACAAAUGCAAAUGCUGUUGGCAACACUGUACCUUCGACAACGCCAGCAAACAUGGGCUACAUACGUAGUUGGCGGAAUCCGCUCAAUUUCACGAUAAUGCUAACGUUGCGAGUUCGGAACGACAGUAAAGCCGCAACGACAAUUUUCUCCAUACGCAACGCAACCCACAAUAUGUAUUUGGAAUCGUGCAAGGACGGCCUGCGAUUGUAUCUGGAGCGAGACGGCACAACUGAAAUGCUGCCGAUGAAAUUUAAUUUGUACGAUUUUCGUUGGCAUCAAGUGGCCAUCAGUAUACAAAAUGGCGAUUUCAUUUCCAUUUAUACCGACUGUUCCUGGACAAAUAGUUUUGUUGUGUCGAAGCGCCUUUACACGCUGCCAUUGGAUGCCGACGUGGAAAUUGGACGAGGCUUUAAUAAUCAGAGCACUCUAUACACCCACGAAGUCAGGCCGACGCACCCAAUGCCAGUGCGACCAACAGGUUCAACUCCAGUCCUCAUCAGCGCGACUCUCAAUGAUUGUGUAUAGAAUGGAAUGUGUUUUCGUUCGCUAUUUUACAAAUAACAAAAAAACUUUUUAUGUGAAAACUUUUUAAACAUUUGCCAGACAUCAUAACCCCGCAAAAAAUCGAAAGGCAGCCAUGUGAAUGCCACCCAACAUAAACGAGCAUUGAGGCGCAUCCUACUUACCGUUAGCUUCCGUUACGCAUCGCCAGUAUCACAUUGAUGGCAACGAAUAAAAUAAUAAAAAAGUGGUUAAAUGCAAAUACAUAAUAUGUACUUCGGACAGAAAGCUCCCAUCACAUCCGCCUCAUACUCAGGGAGUGGUCUUCUGGUUGGGGUUCUUGUUUGCAACAUCCGGCAUUUUCCCACGACAUUUUUACACAUUUAGUGACACACGGGUGGCAACGGUGACCGUGGAUGAAUGCAACACCUUCAGCUUCAGCGACUUGUAGGGGCACUCGAGGCAUAGAACAAUGGCUGUUGAGGAAUUAAAAUAUUGAAAUUUACUCUAAACGAUUUGAUUAAUCCGCUUCACUUAAUAUUCACCACACUUUAUCAUUCCAUCCAUUUUCUUUCCAUAAAGUGGCAAAAUGAUAAGUACCAUACGCGUCUAUGAAUGCAAAUACUUACAAGCUUGCGGAUGAACAGCUCAAUGCAGAAGUGGUGGAAGUUGCAGCGAGAGCUUAACUAACUCAUAUGGAGGAUGGUAUCCGCAUCACAAUAAAAGUUCUUUUAUUGGGUUAUUCCAUAGAAGUAUAGCCAAUCUAGUAAUUUUGAAAAAAUCAAAAAUCAUCAAUACCAAUAUGUAUCGGAUCCUAACAAGGCCUUAGCUAGAUCAAUACAAUUCAACUCUAACAACUUAACUCUUAAAUUCUGACAAUUCCAGCUUGUUUUUCGGUUUUCUGAACUUCGUUGGCCUUUGCGAAUAAAGCGAUUAUGUGAACCAGUAAAAUGGAUUAACUCUCUCGGUUCAGUUUAUACAUUUUGCCUAUGUUUGGCUUUUGCUGUUCACUGUCACCAACCGUAGCAUCGGAGUAGCUGGUCAAAGUUCAUAGCAUCAAUGAGCUUUGUUCGUAGCAAUUUCUUUGUGUGUUUGUAGCGUAAAUGUGUGCAGAUGCUCAUGAAGUGAUACAAGUGGAAACCAUUAAUUGCUUAGCUGUUGUUGUUCCUGCUGCUGGUGAAGAACAAGCAAAAAACAAGUCUUAUUACAGAAACAAACACACAUACAGAAGUCCAUACAAAUCUCUGUAUAUACAGUUAAACGUGAAUGUGUGCAUGUCCUUUUAAAAUUGAAAGACUUCAACACUCACAUGGGCACUUAAGUUUACAUAUAUUCCUUGCAUAAAUUGUUUAUACACAUACAUACAUAUACAUCUGUAUAUACCUAUUUAUGAUAAGAGUUCGAAAAGUCAAGUUUGACGAAUUUACGUUUCAAACUCUUGCAGCAUCAUGCAGUAUAUUUAAAAAGAUUGAUUUACUAUUUGUUUCAUAAAUAUACAUACAUAUAUGGCUUUUGCAUAUUCACGUUGUUGGAAUGGAUGAAAACGUUCCAUACCUUAUUUAUCCUUAUAUCACAUAAAACUGGGACAAGUUGAACAAAUACCGCAAGUUACGAGGGCGUUCAGAUAAGUGCUUAGCCAACAAAAGAAGAAAUAAAAAUUUGGAAAGGACUCGGGGCCAAAUCUGAUGAAUGCAGUGGAGGUGCCGUUGAGUUGUUAUGUUGUGGCAUUUUUUCAUAUACUCAGCAUCGAAUCUAACCAAUAAUUCGUCGAAAAGAACAUUUUUACCGUUUUGUCCUUCUCCAGAUAGUCGAUACAGGUAACACUGUGGUCAUUACCGUUCUUGUCGAUAGGACAGUCUACGCCUUCUUCGGAGCGGGUUCACCGGAUGAAGUCUACUGUAUCGACUGUUUAUUGUUGUUGUUGUAACGACUAUCCAGCCCUGCUAGAAUGGAAAACAUUCGAGAUCAUCUAACGGAAGGCCAUGGAAAUAUGAUGAAAAGGGUGUUAGAUUAGCUGUGUUCGUUGGGGAUGCGAAGAGCUGACUUGUAUCAUGCGG